AGUGCCGAAAUGCAUUGUUUAGCAGAGCUCAAAAAUGAAGCAAUGAUCAUGUCUUUGUAUCAUCAUCGACGCAUCAUUGAAUUCUACGGCAUCUCUGCAGACAAAAUCCCAAUGAUUGUAAUGGAAUAUUGUCCCGGUGGUUCAUUGGAUCUACACUUGCAAAAAUUUAAGGAAGAAAUAUCAACCGCAGAAAGAAUCGCAUAUAUAUUCGAAAUAUCGGAUGGCAUGCGUUAUUUGGAGCGAAAGAAAUGCAUACAUCGUGAUUUGGCGACAAGAAAUAUCUUAAUAUCAAGUACGGGGUCUUUAAAAAUCAGUGAUUUCGGUUUAAGUAUCGGUCAAGGCAUCCAGACACAGAAACAAUCAACUCAUAUUCAUAUUCCUGUUCGUUGGAUGGCUCCCGAAACAUUGACCCGUUCACCGGUGUACUCACCGAAAUCCGAUGUCUGGUCAUUUGGUAUUGUCAUGUACGAAAUAUUUAACUGCGGUCUAAAACCAUGGCCUGAAAAACCGGCUAAGUGGAUAGCAACUAAAAUUCGGAAAGGUGUUGCUCCUGAAAUGCCGAGACGAACGCCACGUCUCUUACGAGAAAUAGCCAGUGCUUGUUUCCAUCUAAAACCCGAAAAUAGGCCUACUUUCCGUCAGGUUGCUAUUUUAUUUGAAAAUACAAAUAUUUGCAGGUUGUAA